UUCUCUCGAAAUGAACCCAGUGGAGGGACUUUAAAUGGGGCUGAACUUUUUUUUUUUUAAAUUGGAUCAGUUUGACGCUCACCUCACCCAUUAUAACUCAUGCCACAGCAUGGAGGAGCAGACGAGCUGUGGGCAGGAAACUCCAGUCAAUGGGAAACAUUACGAGUGGCAGCUGUCAGAUGGACAUCAGUGGCGGCCGAUUGACCACGACCACGUGAUCGAGACCCACUACUGCCAACCUGGAGCUAAAGGAAUCACCAUCAACCUCAUCCACACGCAGGUGUUCAUAGACUUCGACGAGCUGCAGACACAAACCCCCGGUGUGAGGGUCCAGAGGCUGAGCCUCCUCCCUCGGGGCCACGCGGAGGACGUGGGCUGGUACUUCAGAGAUGACCAGCUGUGGCGGGAAUACGGAUCCCGGCAGACUCCCGGCACGCCGUCGUCGGUCAGCAGCGGGGAGGUCGAGCGUCGGUUCGCUCUGAACCCUCGAGGAACCUUCAGCUUCACAGUGGGCUCAGCGAGCUACUCCCUCGACUUCUCAGCCAUGGCGCAAACAAACUGCAUCACGGGCCUGCGCAGGAAUGUACGAAGACGUCCGAAAUUCACCUCCAACGCGGGGAGCUCUAACUCCACCUCAGCGUCGUCCCCCCAGCUCACUGAGGGAGGCCACACGUGGGAGUUCAUGGCCGAUGAAGGGAAAUGGGCCGAAUACGACGCAAACGAGUGUGCGUUAGACAGCGCCGCCAUCGAGAGACGGUACCAGCUGAACCCACAGGGCCGGCUGCACUUCAACACCGAGAGACACUCGUACACGCUGAGCUUUGCGGGAAUGCAUCAAGUCAACGACAGCUUGGGGACCGCGAGGGCGGUGAGGAGGACCGCAGACGGGUCAGACAGUUCAGGCACGCCGCCGCGAUGGCAGUUUCAGGAUGUCGGUGGAAUUUGGAGAGAUUAUUCCAAAGGAAGAAGCAUUUCCAGUCAGGACCUCGAGCUCCAGUACCAACAGAACCCAUCCGGCACCGUGAACUUCGCCACCAGGAACUUCCGCUACGAGCUGAACUUCUCAGCCAUGAGUCAGAAGAACCUGUCCACAAGCACCACCAGAUCAGUGCGACGACUUACCCAGUGGCGGCGAGAGGUCGGAGGUCAAUGUUGACCCUCAAACUGGAGCCCGUACCGUUUCUCACAAGGUUCCUCGUGUCUUUUUCUUUUCAAUUGACCUAGCACAAUUUUGCUAAUAUCGGAUUUAGCCGCUACCGCCUCUAAAUCAGCACUCAUGUGCAUAAUGUGGUCAUCUGGUUUAGACAAAGGAAAGCAAUGCAAUUAACUGGAAUGGAAAAGCUGGUUUUGCAGCUUUAACUCCUCAUUGUUGGAAUGCAUCGAUCAAAGUAUUGUUCUUUGCACGUUUCAACUCCUACACACUUUAGCUCUUUAAAUCGUUCAAAUAUUAAAAUGUCGAGCUCAUUCAGGGGAGGGGUGCUAUGACUAUUCAGCUUUCUAGCUAUUAUAAUUUAAUUUAUAUUAUUUAAAAUCAAACUUUUUAAACAUGGUUUUCAAAUGGAGUUUGUUUUCAAAUCCUCUUAAACUUCAACUUUCAAAUAUUUUCAGCUUCGCCAAUCUUUCAACUAGAGACACCAUUUAAACUUUAAAAUAUUGACAAAAGUGCUCGUUGAUAUCUAUUGUACUUUUUUCAUAAUCACCAAUUAUGUUUCAUUAGAUUUUGGGUCCGUUUCUGAGUUUUACAUUAUUGUGUAUUGUGUUUCUAAGAGUGGUGUCGAAGUUCAGAAAAAAAUAAAAGGCACUUUUGCCGUUUUAAGACAUGGAGAGACAUGUAAUACUAAUACUACCAGUAUAGCAGCACACUGCAACUGAUUUUACUACUCUUACUACUAUAAAAAAUACUUUUUUUACUGCUUUUAAUAAUUUCACUACUACCAAUGAAAUUACUUUUACUCUUCAUACCGAGGCAGUUAGCUGGGUUGCCUGCCCCGUUGAGACGUCUCUGCUAGUAUAAUCAGCUGUAGUACUAAUACUAUAUUAAUCACAGUAGUAUUUGUAGUACCAUCAACAUUAGUAUUAAUAGCAAUUGAAAUAAUAGGGCCCCGAGCUGAAGGGCUUCCCGAGGGACGCUGACGUCAAAGAUAGAAUAAUUGAACUGGUUUAGAUGCUGCAACGAAAUAUCAUGAUUCUGGGGGGCCCCAUGGUCCUUCUUGCCUAGGGGGGGGUCUAGAAACUAGAAUACUAGUACUACUAUUUACUUCUACUACCACUAGUACCACAAUUACAACUAUAAUACUUUAUAUAUAUAUAUGAUUAUAUAUAUAUAUAUCACUACAAAAAAUACAUUUAAUUCUCAGCUUUUAUUAUCUCCCAUUUGUUUUUGUUUUUCUCCAAUUCUUUAAAAUUCAUUUCAGCUUUUCUCAUUUCUGCAUCUUCAGCAAUUUUUAAAUUCAUUUCAGUAUUUCCAAUUUCUGUUGUUUCAGCAAGGUUUAAAAUUAAUUUGAGCUUUUUUCAUUUUUGCAAUUUAAGCAACUUUCUGAAAUUAAUUUCAGCUUUAUGCAUUCCAACGCAUUUUCAGCAGGAAAUGCAUUUUCUAGUUUUAAAAAUUUUAACUAAACGAGUCCUGAUGAGACGUUUAUCAACGUUUCAUAAAUCCUAAUUUGAUGGAUCUUAAAAUGUUGCUUGUAAUGUUUCCCAUUUGACGAGACACGUCUGAACUUAAAACCAAAGACACGUUAAUGUUUCAUUUAAUGCCGCCUACUAACUGCAUCUGAACAGGUUCACUCGUACUGCCAUGUAAUCGUUUAUUUGCUUGAUUAAAAGUGACACUCUGA